AUGGAUCAACCUAUUGACUUGGAUAGCGACGAACAAUUGAGUAACGAUACAUCCGAUGGAAGUGCGAUCGUUCGUGAACCAGAUACAGUAGAUUUGACGAUGGACGAUGAUGACGAUGUGGAGAACAUCGAUGAUGAGAUUGUGAGUGACCACGAAUCAGAUGACGAGAAUCCUAUUGAAAUCGUGAACGCAUUCAUGAACAUUGUGCAAAAUGGGAAUCAUGUCGCGAAUGGAGAAGUUGAAAUUCUAGAUGAUGUUGAACUUAUUGUCGAGGGCACCAAUCAAAAAACAGAAGAGGGGAUGAUAGAAGAACACAAAACAAUUUCGAAUCGUCUUCUGUCGUGGUUCAAGAGACUCAAACCAGAACAUUUCAAAGAUUUCGGAAUCGGUGGAAACGACUACUUGACAGAAUACGUUAAUGACGAACUACUGUUCCCUUUAGAAAAAUGUAAAGAUGCUGCGAAACAGUUUAAGGAAAGCGGUAGUUUGACUGGUCUUGUGGAAAAAUGCAAAUUUGAAAAUGAAGAUUCACUGAUCGCUGGUAUUUGUAUGGGAAUCUUGGAUGACAACAAUUCUCUUGAUGUGGAUUUUUCGGUUCUCGCCGAGGAUCGUUUCGAUAACUGGAGUAUUAAACAACUCGAACUUUAUUUCAAUAAAGUUGCUGCUGAAGGAAUAGAUGCCAGCCCUUUGAAAUUCAUGCAGCUCACACUAUCAUCCCCAGCAAAUGCCAUCCUGUUGCUAACCUAUUAUUUCAUGCUGACAAAUAAGUUCACUUCACGAAUUGAAGAACAAGAAAGUUCUGAAAACUCAUUGGAAGAAUUGGAUGACCGCGAAAUUUACCAGAGAAUUGUGGAUGCGUCUGCUCAUCAUUGGCAACAUAACAAAUCUUCUGUUAAGCGAGAUGCUCAAAUCAAUAGAGAUCUAAACGAAUUCUUCCACGAGAUUGAAGCUACUACUGUAGAAAUGGAAGAACAAUUUGAAAACACUGUUGGUCAACGCUCGGAAAUAAUUUCGCUCAUCAGAGAGAAAGUUCCGCGACUUGAAACUCCCAGCGAGCUCAACUUACAAAUUAUGACCAAGGAGGCACGUGACGAGCUGGUUUGUUCUCGCGCCGCAAUGGAACUUUUGAAGAACCAGACUAUGAACGCUGUGAGAGAAGCGAGAAAAGUAUACCAGGGAAAAACCCUUCUCGAAAAACAUCAUGCCCUGAAACCUGGAGAUUUCUGCAUGGCUCGCAUGCUCAACACAGACACCGCCGACUUGAAGCAUGCAAUUGUUGAACAAAUUUUAAGUGCGGAAAAGUACAGGGUCAAGUUUCUCCAUAACAAUGAAACUGCCGAUCGUCACGUUAGAGAUUUGGCUCUCACUAAUCACGGUCUAUGUAGUCCACUAUACAACGGCUUCGGUGACGUAGGUCUUCGUGUGGCUGUUUGCUGCCCUCUGAAUACCGGUCAAUACAGCAAAACAUGGAUAUGGAAAACCGGUACAACUGCAAGCCGUCGCAGUGGCCAUAGGGGAGACUUCCUGGUGUUCCUGGAUGAUGGAUCAGAUGUCUACGUAACAGCACCAUGCAAGGCUGGUGACCCGGGAUACAGUACUGUUGUAGCGAAGAAAGAAGACGUUCUGACCAGAAUGAAAGCUGCACGAAUCGCAGUAAUGGUUGGUCAGCCGUUCGGAGAAAGUGGAAGAAUAGAACGACAACUUGUUCAUCGAUGGGUUCGGGAAAGACAUCGAAGUCACUUCAUUAAAACCUAUAUGAAAGACUUCCCGGAAUUCCAAGUUCUCAAAAUGCCUAUCGGAUUCCGAACGACGAUGACCAAGCUUCCGCCAGACAAUAAAGAAAAACAUCUUAUUACUGUUGUCGGACUGGAUAGAGUGUUCGCAAUUGUCCGAUAUCAGACCCCCAGUGGUGCCCCCGGAUACAACUGCUUCGAAUAUCCAUGUAAAGAUUCGACCCAUUAUCAUAUGGAUGAGCACGUCUACAGAGGUUCUUCGAGAAUCACACAAGUCUCGUCAAUGCGCGAAAUGAUGACACAAGUCAACAACAAUCUUUCGAAACGUAAGAAGGAUCAACUGGCUUCGCAGUUCGAAUUAUCUGAGUCCGUCAAAACGAUGCCACAAAGAUCAACGAACCAAGCAUUGCAAACAAGUGUUCCCUCAAUAAGAACGAAUGCGAACAAAGAGAAUCAAGUCAAACAGAAAGCGUUGACUGUAGCUGAAAUUGAGAAAAAGAAGAAAAAUCAACUUCUGUUUCACAAAACCGUCGUGCCCACACCGAAUAUCUCAAAAGAAAAGCGUGCUCCUCAUUCGCAAUGCGGACCGGACUGUCUUCAAAAAUUGGACGCCAACCCAUACGAUGCACGUUUCCACACUAAUUCUCCUCUUCACACUCCGCUUCUUUGUGGCUGGAAACGUCUGAAAUACACGAUGCACAGUGGAAAGAAACGUGCGAGUGUCAAAAAAGUGAUCAUCUAUCGUGCUCCAUGUGGAAAACCACUCGAAAAGACAUCUGAAAUCGCCGACUAUUUGCGCAGCACCAGAAGUCAAUUGACCAUCGACUGUUUCUCUUUUGCACCAGACGUUGACACGGAAACAUACAUUACUGUGGACCAAAAGUAUGUCAGAAUGAGUGAUAUUUCUGUGGGACUGGAAGGGAUCCCUAUUCCUCUCGUCAACUCUGUCGAUUCUGAUCCGAAUCCGGUUCUCGAGUACUGUAAACGGCGAUUCCCCUACAACGCCAGUGUGGAUGUUUCUAGUAUUUCACAAGAUUUUUGUUCUGGGUGCUCGUGCGAUGGAGAUUGUAGUAACAGUUUGACCUGUGAAUGUCAGAAAUUAUCAGCAGAAGCAUCAGAUAAACUUCCGAAACAUUUGAAAUUCGAGGAUAACAAGAGAUUAGCAUCUACCUAUUCUCAACGAGUUCUCACUAACAAGGUUAUCACUGGAAUUUAUGAGUGUAAUGACAAAUGUUCUUGCAAACGAGAUGCUUGUCAUAAUAGAGUGGUCCAGAACAAUAUCAAAUAUCCAGUUCAUGUAUGUGAACUUACAUUGGAACUCUUCCACUGCCUUUUACAUUCCAAAAGUGUAUAUUUUCAGAUCUUCAAAACUGCUCAAUCUGGUUGGGGCCUGCGAGCUCUCACAGAUAUUCCGAUUGGUGCUUUCGUUUGCACGUAUGUUGGUGCUCUUCUCACCAACGAUUUGGCAGAAGAUCAGCACGGCAGCGAUCAGUACUUUGCCGAUUUGGAUUUGAAAGAUGGCGUAGAAAUGGCUAAAGGAGAUGAAGAUCAUGAAACUGACUUGGGCCUUGGUGAUGAAGUAUCAGAUGGGGAUUUCACAGACGAAGACGAUAAUGAUUCUGAUGAUGACGAUAAUAAUGACUCAACAGUGCAGCACAGGGUCAAAAUAGGAAACAGAAAACAUGAAACAAGAAGAAACAGCCAAGAAGACAAGCUACAGCAUACAGAAAUUAACGGAGAAAAUGGGAAAAAGGAGGAAGAAACUGAAAAGAAAGAGGAGCCGGUAUUCAAUUGGGAUGAUUAUUUUGAUAAAUUCGCUUUGUAUGUUGUUGAUGCGAAGAACAGAGGAAAUCUGGGAAGAUUCCUUAAUCACUCCUGCGCCCCAAAUUGCGUCGUCCAGCACGUCCUUUACGAUACACACGAUCUUCGCCUACCAUGGGUCGCAUUCUUCACAAUUAAAACUAUCAAAGCUGGUGAUGAGCUUACAUGGGACUAUCAGUACACAGAACUCAAUUCGGAAACAUCCCGUCUUUCCUGUAACUGUGGUUCUGAAGUCUGUCGUCAUCGCCUUCUUUAA